AUGGCGGAUGUCACAAAAGGUAACGCUUUCAACAACAUCUAUAACCGUAAGAUGAAUAAUGUGGCUAGCGGGAGAUCUGAGGCUGAUGUUUUACAAUCUUCAUUAAGCAAGUAUCGGAGGACUAUUAAUCAGAAAGAUUUUCCUCAUCAACAAUCUUGGGAGUGGUUGAAAGAAAACACUAAAUGGGCACUGGUUACAAAAGUUGGGGAAGAAUCCCCACCUCCUUCUUCAAAACGAAUCAAAACAUCUUCAUCCAACGCCUACACAUCAUCUUCUAAUGCACAAUAUCCUCCUGGAUUUCCCCAACAACAAGAACAAUCGUUUAAUGUUGAAGACUCACCUCCUCAAAGAAAAAUAAAAGGAAAGAAAGUGGCAUCGACAUCGUCAACACAAAAUGAAAUGUUUGAUCUCGUUAAACAAAUUGUCGACAUCAACACUACAACCAACACAUGGGCGGAACAGAGACAACGAUAUCGGGAAGAAAAAUAA